AUGGGAUUAACUUUGUGCACAACUACGACGACUAAUACUCAUCUCUGCCCGCUCGCGAUGCGCGACGCUUUACUCGAGGAAGAGGAUGCAGUCGCGCUUUCGACGUUGCUGUCGGAAGAACGUCCGCAUGGGCCACGGGGAGACCCGGAUGUUUACGAGCUCGCGCGAGCGAGAGACGCAGUGGCAUUUCGACCCUGCAGAGGAGAUCGAUCCCUUGGCGUUGAUCGUGCCGCAGAACAAGUCGGAUUGGCGAGUGGCCGUGCCGACGCCGAAGGGCUUUGGGUGUCCUCGUUGCGGCCGGUAUUACAAAGUCAAGAGGUCACUGCGUCGGCACAUCACGAUCGAGUGCGGCAAGGCACCGAAGCACAAAUGUCCUUACUGCUCGCACCACAGCAAGUACAAGGCCAGCAUAUCGAAACACGUGAUGCACAUUCAUCCGAAUCUGCCGUACCCGUAGCCGCCGAGCCGCCGAUUAAUUCGCCGAUGUGAUCUCUCUCUCUCUCUCUCUCU